UUGGAUUUUUUAUCGUGUGGGGGUUGGCACCCCUUACACCAGGUUGUUCAUGGGUCAGCUGUACCCAAUAGAAUUUUCGGUCUAGAGGAGAAAACUGAUAUCCAAAUGGUUACAUCACCCUAAAUCACAUAGCUAAUAGUUUCUCAUGCUCCUCUGAUCCCUCCUGCACUGGUCGUCUUUGCACUGCCUGCCCGUCGUACUGUGGCCUUCAGCUCUGAAUACUUAAAGGAACUCAGCAGCAUAACUAAGUUCAUUUCAACUGCUUAAUGAACACCUGAUAGGUGAAAGAGCUCAUGCUAAGUUCCGAGGAAACAAAAAUUCUUGAAACUCCAGUCGAAGAAAACAGACAUUUAAACAGAUAAUUAUGCUAAUUAUUACAACUGAGAGCAGUUGAUGAUCGCGUUACUAUGAGUCUGCUACACUGUGAAAACAGCUGCGGAUCCAGCCAGUCCGAGAGCGACUGCUGCGCCGCCAUGGCCGCCAGCGCCUGUGGGACCGCAGCAAAAGACGACAGUGUGAGCGGGGCGGCCAGCACGGUGACUCUCUCCAGCUCCUUUAUGGAAGAGAUCCAGGGGUACGACGUGGAAUUUGACCCACCCCUGGAAAGCAAGUACGAGUGCCCUAUUUGCUUGAUGGCUUUGCGGGAAGCAGUGCAGACACCUUGCGGCCACAGGUUCUGCAAAGCCUGCAUCAUCAAAUCAAUAAGGGAUGCAGGUCACAAAUGUCCAGUUGACAAUGAAAUACUUCUGGAAAAUCAGCUAUUUCCUGACAAUUUUGCAAAACGAGAGAUUCUUUCUCUGAUGGUGAAAUGUCCAAAUGAAGGUUGUUUGCACAAGAUGGAACUGAGGCAUCUUGAGGAGCAUCAAGCACACUGUGAGUUUGCUCUUAUGAGUUGUCCACAAUGCCAGCGUCCCUUCCAGAAAUGCCACCUUAAUUUCCAUAUUCUCAAGGAGUGUCCAAGGAGACAGGUUCCUUGUGAAAACUGUGCUGUAUUAAUGGCAUUUGAAGAUAAAGCGAUUCAUGAGCAGAACUGUCCUUUGGCAAAUGUCAUCUGUGAAUACUGCAAUACCAUGCUCAUCAGAGAACAGAUGCCCAAUCACUAUGAUCUAGACUGUCCUACAGCCCCAGUUCCGUGCACAUUCAGUGCUUUUGGUUGCCAUGAAAAGAUGCAGAGGAAUCACUUGGCACGCCACCUGCAAGAGAACACCCAGUCGCAUAUGAGAAUGAUGGCCCAGGCUGUUCAGACUUUAAGCCUCGCAGUGGCUCCCGCACCUCAGUGCACCAUGCCUCCGUAUGACUCUGUCCCUCCCACCCGGCCUUCCUCUGGGCGUCACUCAGAAGUCCACAAUUUCCAAGAAACCAUUCAACAGUUAGAGGGUCGCCUUGUAAGACAAGACCAUCAAAUCCGGGAACUGACUGCGAAAAUGGAAACCCAGAGCAUGUAUGUAAGUGAGCUCAAGCGAACUAUUCGAACCCUUGAGGACAAAGUUGCUGAAAUAGAAGCACAGCAGUGCAAUGGGAUUUACAUCUGGAAGAUUGGCAACUUUGGGAUGCACUUGAAAUCGCAAGAAGAGGAGAAGCCCGUUGUCAUUCACAGCCCCGGAUUCUAUACUGGCAAACCCGGCUACAAACUCUGCAUGCGCCUGCACCUGCAGCUGCCAAGCGCACAGCGCUGUGCCAACUACAUAUCUCUCUUUGUCCACACGAUGCAAGGGGAGUACGACAGCCACCUGCCUUGGCCCUUCCAGGGAACGAUCCGCCUUACAAUCCUUGAUCAGUCUGAAGCAGCUGUGAGGCAAAACCAUGAAGAAAUAAUGGACGCCAAACCAGAGCUCCUGGCCUUUCAGAGACCCACCAUCCCCCGGAACCCCAAGGGUUUUGGCUACGUGACUUUUAUGCAUCUGGAAGCCCUCAGACAAAGAACCUUCAUCAAGGAUGACACGUUAUUAGUACGCUGUGAGGUCUCCACCCGCUUCGACAUGGGCAGUCUUCGGAGGGAGGGUUUUCAGCCACGGAGUACUGACUCAGGGAUAUAGCAUCCCCUGAUUUGUUCAAGAAACAACAGAAAAGACAUCUGGAGCAAACUUACCCUGUUCUCAAUAAUAAUGUACAAACAAAAAAAACAAUGGGAAAGAUAUAAUAUGAGUGAAUUUUAUUUGACUUCCUAUAGAUUUCAGGGGAUUUGAGCCAAAAUCCUUGGAAGCUUAAGUUCUCAUUCACCCUGGUUUUUCCUCCAGGGUGUUAUUAAGGAUGUUCAAGGACUAUUUUAAACCCUAAAUAUAACCGUACUUAUUAAAUGCGACUGUGUUGUCCAUCAAAUAAUUCUCCUUUAAGUUGUUUCAUUCUACCUUGCUUAUUAUUUCCUUUAGGCUACAAUGUAGCAUUUCUCCAGAGUUAGAACCAUGUGAAAACCAGCUGCUAGGUGUUAGGCUAUACAUCCUUUUUUGUCUGUUCCAGACAGAGUGAAUUACACAGCCCUUCCAUGGUUCUUUGUUACCUAGUGGAGAAGGCGAUGGCACCCUACUCCAGUACUCUUGCCUGGAAAAUCCCAUGGACGGAGGAGCCUGGUGGGCUGCAGUCCAUGGGGUCAUGAAGAGUCGGACACGACUGAGCGACUUCCCUUUCACUUUUCACUUUCAUGCAUUGGAGAAGGAAGUGGCAGCCCACUCCAGUGUUCUUGCCUGGAGAAUCCCAGGGACAGGGGAGCCUGGUGGGCUGCCAUCUACGGGGUUGCACAGAGUCGGACAGGACUGAAGCGACUUAGCAGCAGCAGCAGCAGCAAGGUCUAGAACAAGGAGAUGCACACACAUAAUCACCAACAUAGAAAGUUUAAAUGUCUUGCCUAGUCAGCCAGUAUGGCAGCUCAUUGGUGGUGAGAAAAGCUAUUUGAACCCAGAAAUUUUCAGCUCUUUUGAACGCUGCUGUUCCUGUGAUUGUCCAAAAAUAAGUACCUGUCAAGGUACAUGUAAAACAAUAAAGUUGUUCUUGCUGCAUAGGUAAAAGAAAGCCUGAAGGAAAGCUACUACUUUUUGAUGACAUUUUCUUCUUUGUGCAGCUUACCUGUUUUACAUUUUUUUCUACAAUAAACUGUUCUUUUCUCAGAGAAAAAAAAGUUGCAUGUUGCCACAAAACAUUCAACCGUAACAAAAGAAAUAAUAUUUAAAAGCUUC